AGACUCCUUCGCUUUCACGUGCACUCACAAAGUUGAUCGAUAAACAUGGCGGACAUAAACAUAGUGGGUGUGGUUGCGAUCGUUGUGUUUUAUCUUCUUAUUCUUGUUGUCGGCUUAUGGGCAGCUCGUCGGCGCAAAGAAGGUGAAGAGGAAGCCAUGUUGGCAGGAAGAAGUAUCGGGUUGUUCGUUGGUACCUUUACCAUGACAGGUAAUUUACAUGUUUCUGAUCCAGGAAGAAAGAAUUAAGCGUAUAGAAGGCCGGUAAAUUGAUCAUAUCUUGCGGAUAAUUCACUUUCUUUGAAUCGAGCAGAGGUUUCUGAGCGGUUUCUCUCUAGUCUUGCAUGGCUUUUAGCAUUUGCGAAGUCAUUCGCUUGGCUUGUCAUCCAACGACGCGAUAGACAAGCUACGCGAACAACUUCGCAAAUGCUAAGAGCCAUGCAAGAGAGUAACAUCUGCUCGCAUGGUGUUCAAGUUGAGGUUUCCUGGAAGUUUAAAACGGUUGAGACUUUCUCCCUUGCUGGACCUUUAAGUCUUACCCUGGCUUUGGAGGUCCGUUCUCGACUGAAAUGCUUAGGAUUAAAUAAACUGUGCUCACGGCGGUUUGAUAAAGCUCUGGAGACGCUUCACCGCGAACUAUCAAGAAUAAGAUGAGAAAAAAAAUAAUCUCAUAUUCUCCUCGCUGAAAAUGAAUGAUUUUCAGUUUGCUGUUAUACCAUGCAUCGCCGAACUUUGACUCAUUGUUGUAUUGUAUUGUUGUAAGAGUUUAACAUGUAUUUUAUUUUCGAUUGACAGCUGCUUCAGUUUCCGCGCACCUUAAACACAUGCUAUUUAUCAAUAUCUUAACCUCAAAAUAUUAAACGUGCUUUAUGAAGUAAAAAGGUGCUAAAAAAGUACACUUGGAAAAUGCCCCAUAUUUAAUGUUCGGCAAAGGGAACAUUCCGAAAUGAAAUAUUUGUGUUUGCAUUGUUUGUUUUAACGUGAUUUUCAUAUCAGGGUCUAAUGUGAUUUUUCAGUUGCUACGGGUUCACAUUUCUACUCUGUGUUUAAUGAUAUUGGUUUUUUUUUCCAUAGCGACAUGGGUUGGUGGAGGUUACAUAAACGGCACAGCAGAAGUCGUCUAUGAUACUGCGCAGGGUCUGGUCUGGGCGCAGGCUCCGUGGGGUUAUGCGCUGAGUCUUUUAAUAGGUGAGUACUAUGCGUAAGUAGUAUUCAAAACCUACAAUAGGAAAGAAAGGAGCAACCUCCUUCCCAGGGUUCUUUCUCUUCUUCUGUCGAAGCCAGAGAGAACCCUGGCAACGAGGUUGAGGAAAUAGCUGAUAUUGGCAACGCCACCACUGGUUUCCCCGCGAAAUGACGUCUGAGGAGGAACGGGCGAAGAAAUUCCAUACUGAUGACGUGUCACUAACCAGAUCUGGGUAGUGCCCCUGAUUGGUCUAACCGCGAAGGGAAUUUUCUUCAUCAUAGCAGAAGCACUACCCAGAUUUGGGUAGUGACACGUCAUCAGUAUGAAAUUUCUGUGCUCAUUUCUUAGACGAUAUUUCGCGGGGAAACUAGUGGUGGCUUCACGAAAUAUCGACAGUUUUCUCAGGCUAGUCUGAACCCUAUAAACCUCCUUUCAAAUGGCUUACCCCAAAGUGUUAUUUCAAGAACACCAAUUGAGAAACCGGCGUUGUUUACGUUGAUCAUCAUUACCCGGUAGACACUUUUAAAGGGAACAAAGAACUGCUGACCAGCUUUCUAUAUAUUUGCUACUGAAUUCCUAGUAUUUUGGAGUAAUUCUCAUAGGGGAUGUCCAUUAGACAGGGGGCGUUUAUUAGGGAGGGGCUUCUAAUACAAUUUUAACAGCGUAGAGGGUACGUUUAUUAGAUAAGAGUUGUUUAUUUGGAAGUGGGCGUUUGUAAGUAAGCGUAAAGUGAGCCUUGUGGAAAAAUGAUUUGUGCUUCGUUGUAUAUAGUAUCAGUGAAUUUAGUCUUGUACUUACAAAAUUGUCUCACAAACCGUCACAAACAUAUUUGUCAAUGGAAAGAAAGAAUGGAUGAAAGAACGGGAUUUCACCUUCUUUGGGCUUUUGUAUGAUUUUCAGGUGGACUUGCCUUUGCCAAGAUCAUGCGCAAAAAAGAGUACUUCACAAUGCUAGAUCNGGGUUGGUGGAGGUUACAUAAACGGCACAGCAGAAGUCGUCUAUGAUACUGCGCAGGGUCUGGUCUGGGCGCAGGCUCCGUGGGGUUAUGCGCUGAGUCUUUUAAUAGGUGAGUACUAUGCGUAAGUAGUAGUCGGAACCUCCAAUAGGGAAAAAAAGAACAACCUCCUUUCCAGGGUUCUUUCUCUUCUUCCGUCGAACCCAGAGAGAACCCUGGGAACGAGGUUGAGGAAACAGCCGAUAUUCGGCAACGCCACCACUGGUUUCCCCGCGAAAUGACGUCUGAGGAGGAACGGGCGAAGAAAUUCCAUACUGAUGACGUGUCACUCACCAGAUCUGGGUAGUGCCCCUGAUUGGUCUUACCGCGAAGGGAAUUUUCGUCAUCAUAGCAGAAGCACUACCCAGAUUUGGGUAGUGACACGUCAUCAGUAUGAAAUUUCUGUGCUCAUUUCUUAGACGAUAUUUCGCGGGGAAACUAGUGGUGGCUUCACGAAAUAUUGGCAGUUUUCUCAGGCUAGUUGUAACCCUACAAACCUCCUUUCAAGUGGUUUACCCCAAAGUGUUAUUUCAAGAACACCAAUUGAGAAACCGGCGUUGUUUACGUUGAUCAUCAUUACCCGGCAGACACUUUUAAAGGGAACAAAGAACUGCUGACCAGCUUUCUAUAUAUAACGACUGUAAAACAAACGAUAACAGACCUAAUAAACGUCCGGGGCGUUUAGUUAAUUUUAGGGGUCCAAGCGGUGGCGUUUAAUAGAUAGGAGGCGUUUAUCAAUGCCGGAUCCAGACCUUUGAGAUAAGGGAGGAGGUCUAGUCAUCCAGACCCUUAGAUAAGAGGGGAGGGGCGGGGGACGGUCUCCCAAAAAUUUUUUUUCGGGAGAUCCAUAUAUCGCUAUUUCAAAUCCCAACAUCGAUGUCAGAAUCCUAGUUCCUAAUCCUAAUUGUGUUGCCAUCGUUAGUCUAUCCUUACAUUAAACUUCACAUUGAACAAGAUGAAAUACUUGAACCCUUGUUAACUGAGCAAGAAACUGAAUGAAUUGAUGAAUGAUCUUGCUCCUUUUUGCUACUGAAUUCGUAGUAUUUUGGAGUAAUUCUCAUAGGGGAUAUCCAUUAGACAGGGGGCGUUUAUUAGGGAGGGGCUUCUAAUACAAUUUUAACAGCGUAGAGGGAGCGUUUAUUAGAUAAGAGUUGUUUAUUUGGAAGUGGGCGUUUGUAAGUAAGCGUCAAGUGAGCCUUGUGGAAAAAUGAUUUGUGCUUCGUUGUAUAUAGUAUCAGUGAAUUUAGUCUUGUACUUACAAAAUUGUCUCACAAACCUUCACAAACAUAUUUGUCAAUGGAAAGAAAGAAUGGAUGAAAGAACGGGAUUUCACUUUCUUUGGGCUUUUGUAUGAUUUUCAGGUGGACUUGCCUUUGCCAAGAUCAUGCGCAAAAAAGAGUACUUCACAAUGCUAGAUCCAUUCCAAGAGAAGUAUGGACUGCGCAUGGGCGGUCUUUUGUACAUACCCGCAUUACUAGGAGAGAUUUUUUGGUCUGCAGCCAUCCUAGCUGCUCUUGGUGCCACUAUCAGCGUUGUUAUAAGUUUGGAUCGUGUUCCUUCUGUUAUUGCAUCGGCGUGCAUCGCUAUUUUCUAUACACUGAUUGGUGGGCUCUAUUCUGUUGCCUACACUGACGUUAUCCAACUUAUCUGCAUCUUCAUCGGGCUGGUAAGUAAGUCAAGAACAGCUGACAUGCACAUCUUAAAAGUUAAACUCAGCAGGUAGCUACAGUAGGGAACUGCCUACCUUUAUGCACAGACGAAAUAGGCUAGGAUCGGAGAAACGAGUGAUUUGUUGUGUGCGCUUAUACUUUUUAGCUCGUGCAACAAACAUUUUCCGGGCAAAUCAGUACCUUGUGUGUGCGGUCAUUGUAAUUUUGUUCUUAAUUCAUGUUCCCGCUUUACUCAGGUCCCUGUUUGCUUGUCUCUCUGUGUGUAGUUGAGGUGAUUUUGUCGCUGUUACACGUCGCUGUUAUAUGUCGCAGGGUGUGCCGCGCAUGAUUUUGACCCUGGUUACACGUCCUGGCCUGUUGAACACUACCCUGGGUACCAGAGCUUUUUCUUGUGUGCGACGGGAAUUUUCGGUGAUGGCCGAAGGCCGACACAUCUUCCGCCGUAGGCCGAAGCCACGAGUUUCGCACGGGUCACUAUAAAUACUUUACAGAAACCGGAAACUGCGCUGGAAAAGUCUCUUGCACCCGGGGUAGUUGAACACGCCCCUGUUACAUUUUCCGGUAUGUCUGCCGCACGAGGUUUUCUCGCUGUUACACGUUCCUGUUGCACGCCCCUGUGUGAUUACUGCACGUGAUUUUGUUGAUGUUUUAUGUCUCUUUUACACGUCCCGGCGUUUGCACCGCACUUGAUUAACUGCUGUCACAGGUCCCGUGUCAUGUCGCUCUGGGUGUACUGCACGCGGUUUUGUCGCUCUUUCACUCUCUUGUGCAUCCUGACCCUUCGUAAAUUCCCUUCGUAUCUCUUAACCUUUAUGUUGCCGUUACUUAAAUUCCUCUAAUUCUGAUCUAAUGCUCAUCAUCCUUUUUAUUUUCCAGUGGAUCAGUAUCCCUUUUGCCUUAACAAACUCAGCAGUAAGCGACAUUGCUGAUGAUUCAGGGAAGCGUUGGACUGGAGAGUGGUCUACCAAGUUUGUUGGCGUCUGGAUUGAUUAUGCACUGUUACUGGUAAAUCUAUUAUCGCUGUAGAGAUAGUUUGCGGUCAAUUUCUUUUUCACUCUUUGUAGGUUUGUGUGUGGCAAGAAACCUCUCCAGUCGCAUCUCACAUAAAGUAGACAGAUUCACCGGCUGUUUGACGGGAAUGCACAAACGAAAACGUAGAGCCUCAGCAACUUACAUUUAACGGCACAGUAAAUAUCUUUUUGGUGUCGAACUGGUAUUGACAUUCAAAAUGUAAUUUUUAAGCGGGAUCAGGUUGCGCUUUUCUGCGGCCGAACGCAGUUACCGUUUGGAUUAUACUUAUGUACAUCUUCCCCAUAGCCACCAUGUUAUAUGAGGUGUAUUCGAUACUAGGAAUUCGAAAUUGUGUUUUACUUCGUAUGCAGACUUUUGGUGGUGUUCCAUGGCAAGUGUACUUUCAACGUGUAUUGUCAUGUAAGACAGCCCGUAAAGCCCAAGGACUUUCCGUGACAGCCGCGUUUGGGUGCAUUCUGAUGGCUGUACCGGCAGUUCUCAUUGGAGCUAUAGGAGCCUCCACAGGUAUUACAUUCUAUGCCACUAACAUAAACUGAGACUACGGAUGAAAAAUCCUUCAGUAUAAGACCCGAUAUCGAUCAACAAGUUAAUCAUGUCAACCAAACAAGUUUUGCACUCGGGGGUAGUGCGGUCAAACCCCUCUAAUACGGAGACUGGGGGGGUCAUAAAAAAAGUUUGUAUUAAAGGGGUGAGAGGGUUAAAUUAAGAGAAAAUAUAAAGGCUUUCUUUCCCCAAAGACAGAGGAAACUGUCCGUAAUAAUGAGGUGUCCGUUUUAAGCGGGGUUUGACUGUAUACACUACCUCUGAGUGUAAAAGUCGACAAAAUGCCAUUUAAACCGGCCAGGAACAGCAAGGCAAUGUUUACUUAAAGGUGUGCGAGCUUCCAUUUAGUCCGAUGUGCAAUCCAUUUAAACAAGCUUUGGCUGAACCGGCACAUAAGAUCGGAGUGUCGAAUUCAGUGAGAAACAGAGAAAAUAAUUUCAGUUGAAAAUUAACCGGAACGAACCAACAGACUAUGAUAUAGUAGAAAAAAGAAUAUUUCUUUGCUCUGCUACAUAUUUGUUGACUCCUUUUCAGUCAAAAAUAGUCGACUCUCCAAUUCCGUAGCCCGUUCCAGGCUCCAGGAUCUACACUGACCGAGAGCACAGCCUGGCACAGGCUACCAACUCCGAUCCUUAUUUGUCGAUCUAUAAUCGCGACAAUACAUUCUGACCGGUAUUGACAUGCAGUACGGCUCGGCUGCCUGUGGUCAAAAUAGCUGAGCAUUAGCCUCGUUCCUACUUGCGUUUUCAUUGACCUCAACCUCGUCUCGGUCCACAAAAACGCGAAGAAAGAACUUGGCCGAUAUCCAGCCAUUUUGACCUCACACAUGGUCAAUACCGCAAAUGUAUUAAACGCAUGCGCAAAACACAAGAACUCACUGAGUUCGAAUCAGCUUUAGGUUGGUUACCAAACGUUACUCUUUUGCUGUCUCACACCAGACUGGACCAAGACUGACUUUUAUACACCACCGUCUGGUAACAUCACCAAUCAGACUGCGUCAGUGGAAUUUGAUAAGUCACUAAUCCUUCCCAUGGUGCUGCAGUACCUUACUCCAACAGCGGUUUCAUUUGUGGGACUGGGUGCAGUUUCCGCCGCUGUCAUGUCGUCCGCUGACUCCAGUAUUUUGUCCGCCAGCUCAAUGUUCUCUCGAAACAUUUACAAACUGAUCUUCAGACAGAAGGUGAGGUACCGUUAGAAAAUAUAAAGACAUAAAAAUGGGGAAUUUACAUUUAGUCCCUCAGAGGGACCGUGUUAGGGCAGUCUAAUACAUUUUGUGGUUAAGAAGUCACCUUGUCUUGAUAAGUCGUCAUUCUCAAUGAGUAGACCCGUGCAGUUUUGUUAAUUAAACGCUAUGCAACUUGUCGUAAGCGAAGAAAUUAAUCCUGAAUUUCAAAAAAGUUUCAUGACAACAAGCAUGUUUCCCCAAGCGUUAUAAUUGACCAUACGUCAAAGUUACAAAAACAGAGAGAAAUUGUGAUGUAUAUUUUGCAGUUCUUAAGAAAAAAUUGUGUUUUUUUGGUGGUAAUUUCUUUGCUCACCACCUUUCCGUUCGUUUGGUUGAAAAUAGAGUCUGAUGAUUACUAAGGCUUUAAUACUAAAACCGACCUAGAAAAACUAAUCCCUAAAUUCCUUUGAGGGCAAUGAUUUCAGCAAAGGUUUUCUCUUUUUUAUUCUUUUCCGGUUGUGAUGAACAUAUUCAUUCCCCCAAUCUGGGAUAAAUUUCAAAACUGUUCGCCACGUUGACGGAAAUGAGCGCAAUUUAUUUGUUAGGUCAUUUCAGCUAAGAACCAAAAUUGCGCGUGGAAUCGGUAAGCUGUAUAAGAAAAAGGACAAACAAAACUGAGUUAGUUGCAAACAAGAAAACUGAGUUUUGGUUUUGAACUAACUUUUUUCCCAGGCCUCCGAGAAGGAAGUUGUAUGGGUGAUGCGCUUUGCCAUAUUUGGAGUAGGUGCGGCCGCUACAGCGAUGGCUUUGUUAGUGAAUUUUCCAGUGGAUCAGUAUCCCUUUUGCCUUAACAAACUCAGCAGUAAGCGACAUUGCUGAUGAUUCAGGGAAGCGUUGGACUGGAGAGUGGUCUACCAAGUUUGUUGGCGUCUGGAUUGAUUAUGCACUAUUACUGGUAAAUCUAUUAUCGCUGCAGAGAUAGUUUGCGGUCAAUUUCUUUUUCACUCUUUGUAGGUUUGUGUGUGGCAAGAAACCUCUCCAGUCGCAUCUCACAUAAAGUAGACAGAUUCACCGGCUGUUUGAAGGGAAUGCACGAACGAAAACGUAGAGCCGCAGCAACUUACAUUUAACGGCACCGUAAAUAUCUUUUUGGUGUCGAACUGGUAUUGACAUUCAAAAUGUAAUUUUUAAGCGGGAUUAGGUUGCACUUUUCCGCGGCCGAACGCAGUUACCGUUUGGAUUAUACUUAUGUGCAUCUUCCCUAUACCCACCAUGUUAUAUGAGGUGUAUUCGAUGAUAGGAAUUCGAAAUUGUGUUUUACUUCGUAUGCAGACUUUUGGUGGUGUUCCAUGGCAAGUGUACUUUCAACGUGUAUUGUCAUGUAAGACAGCCCGGAAAGCCCAAGGACUCUCCGUGACAGCCGCGUUUGGGUGCAUUCUGAUGGCUGUACCGGCAGUUCUCAUUGGAGCUAUAGGAGCCUCCACAGGUAUUACAUUCUAUGCCACUAACAUAAACUGAGACUACGGAUGAAAAAUCCUUCAGUAUAAGACCCGAUAUCGAUCAACAAGUUAAUCAUGUCAACCAAACAAGUUUUGCACUCGGGGGUAGUGCGGUCAAACCCCUCUAAUACGGAGACUGGGGGGGUCAUAAAAAAAGUUUGUAUUAAAGGGGUGAGAGGGUUAAAUUAAGAGAAAAUAUAAAGGCUUUCUUUCCCCAAAGACAGAGGAAACUGUCCGUAAUAAUGAGGUGUCCGUUUUAAGCGGGGUUUGACUGUAUACACUACCUCUGAGUGUAAAAGUCGACAAAAUGCCAUUUAAACCGGCCAGGAACAGCAAGGCAAUGUUUACUUAAAGGUGUGCGAGCUUCCAUUUAGUCCGAUGUGCAAUCCAUUUAAACAAGCUUUGGCUGAACCGGCACAUAAGAUCGGAGUGUCGAAUUCAGUGAGAAACAGAGAAAAUAAUUUCAGUUGAAAAUUAACCGGAACGAACCAACAGACUAUGAUAUAGUAGAAAAAAGAAUAUUUCUUUGCUCUGCUACAUAUUUGUUGACUCCUUUUCAGUCAAAAAUAGUCGACUCUCCAAUUCCGUAGCCCGUUCCAGGCUCCAGGAUCUACACUGACCGAGAGCACAGCCUGGCACAGGCUACCAACUCCGAUCCUUAUUUGUCGAUCUAUAAUCGCGACAAUACAUUCUGACCGGUAUUGACAUGCAGUACGGCUCGGCUGCCUGUGGUCAAAAUAGCUGAGCAUUAGCCUCGUUCCUACUUGCGUUUUCAUUGACCUCAACCUCGUCUCGGUCCACAAAAACGCGAAGAAAGAACUUGGCCGAUAUCCAGCCAUUUUGACCUCACACAUGGUCAAUACCGCAAAUGUAUUAAACGCAUGCGCAAAACACAAGAACUCACUGAGUUCGAAUCAGCUUUAGGUUGGUUACCAAACGUUACUCUUUUGCUGUCUCACACCAGACUGGACCAAGACUGACUUUUAUACACCACCGUCUGGUAACAUCACCAAUCAGACUGCGUCAGUGGAAUUUGAUAAGUCACUAAUCCUUCCCAUGGUGCUGCAGUACCUUACUCCAACAGCGGUUUCAUUUGUGGGACUGGGUGCAGUUUCCGCCGCUGUCAUGUCGUCCGCUGACUCCAGUAUUUUGUCCGCCAGCUCAAUGUUCUCUCGAAACAUUUACAAACUGAUCUUCAGACAGAAGGUGAGGUACCGUUAGAAAAUAUAAAGACAUAAAAAUGGGGAAUUUACAUUUAGUCCCUCAGAGGGACCGUGUUAGGGCAGUCUAAUACAUUUUGUGGUUAAGAAGUCACCUUGUCUUGAUAAGUCGUCAUUCUCAAUGAGUAGACCCGUGCAGUUUUGUUAAUUAAACGCUAUGCAACUUGUCGUAAGCGAAGAAAUUAAUCCUGAAUUUCAAAAAAGUUUCAUGACAACAAGCAUGUUUCCCCAAGCGUUAUAAUUGACCAUACGUCAAAGUUACAAAAACAGAGAGAAAUUGUGAUGUAUAUUUUGCAGUUCUUAAGAAAAAAUUGUGUUUUUUUGGUGGUAAUUUCUUUGCUCACCACCUUUCCGUUCGUUUGGUUGAAAAUAGAGUCUGAUGAUUACUAAGGCUUUAAUACUAAAACCGACCUAGAAAAACUAAUCCCUAAAUUCCUUUGAGGGCAAUGAUUUCAGCAAAGGUUUUCUCUUUUUUAUUCUUUUCCGGUUGUGAUGAACAUAUUCAUUCCCCCAAUCUGGGAUAAAUUUCAAAACUGUUCGCCACGUUGACGGAAAUGAGCGCAAUUUAUUUGUUAGGUCAUUUCAGCUAAGAACCAAAAUUGCGCGUGGAAUCGGUAAGCUGUAUAAGAAAAAGGACAAACAAAACUGAGUUAGUUGCAAACAAGAAAACUGAGUUUUGGUUUUGAACUAACUUUUUUCCCAGGCCUCCGAGAAGGAAGUUGUAUGGGUGAUGCGCUUUGCCAUAUUUGGAGUAGGUGCGGCCGCUACAGCGAUGGCUUUGUUAGUGGAUUCAAUCUACACCUUGUGGGCUCUGUGCAGUGACUUGGUUUACGUCAUCCUGUUCCCACAGCUGUGCUGUGUGGUGUAUCUCCAAGGCACCAAUACCUAUGGCUCUUUUAUGGGGUACAUAGUGGGGCUGGUACUUCGCAUUGGGGGAGGGGAGAAGAGUAUCGGUCUACCACUGUUUAUUGAGUACCCAUAUUACAACAAAGACGAUGGACAGCUGUUUCCGUUUCGUACCUUAGCCAUGAUUGCAUCGUUUGUAACCAUCGUUGUUGUGUCGUAUUUGCUUAAGUUCUUGUUUGAGAGAGAAAUUAUUCCUUUAAAACUAGAUUUCCUGCACUGCUUCAGGAAAUAUGAGCUGGAGAAACCAGAAAAAGAGAAAAACGACGGCUACCCUAUGGUGAAAAGGGGAAGAUCAGGGAGCUCUGAACUGUAAUUCAAGUAAAUUAGUAACUGCCCACUUACACUGAGAACUAUGUUUUUGGUACGCUGAUACGCAUUAGUAGUAUCUGGUUAAACUUAUUCCACAUUCAAGAUACAAAACACCUUACUUAAUCUAUCUCGCCGAAAUUUGGGACGUGAUGAAAAAUACGAAAGUCUAGUGUCCAUCGUUUUAACUAUCUUAUGUAUAUAUUUUUUUUUCGUUUUCUUUUUUGGUUUAAUCUUUCUUUCAGCGGUUAUGAGGCACUAAAUUUUUCGUUUGACCAAACGAUGUUGAUGACUGUUGCAAUCUAUAUGUCCUAUCCAAAUAUUUGUUUAUAAAGAAAAAAACAUGAGGGUUACGCGCUUUUUCUUACGUCGAAAUGGGACGAGUGAUAUUUCAGACCUACUCAUUGUCACCAAUAUGUAAAUAUUCUAUGUACUGCUGAUGAGUCGCGAACCAUCCAAAAUGAACAUUGAUAUGAAAAGGAUUUUCCAUUCUCAUGCAAAUAAAACUCGUUUUCACAAGAAAGGUACCGUAAAAUUCCGAAAAUAAGCCCCUCGAUGUAUGAGCCCCACCAAAUAUAAGCCCCCCAAAUCGGUAACGCAAAAAACCCUCCGUUAGCUCGCCCCUCCAAAUAUAAGCCCCCCCGGGGGCUUGUACUUGGAAAAUUGCCCUCAAAUACAAAGUAAAACAAAGCAAAAACGGUUAAUUUACUUCCAACUAUAAGGCUAACCUAAUCGAUUUUGAAACGCAAAUUUCCCUCCUUAGAUGAGCCCCUCCGAAUACAAGCCCCUCCAAAAGGGUCUUUGAAAAAAUAUAAACCCCGGGGCUUAUUUUCGGAAUUUUACGGUAUUACUCUUAGCCUCGUUUUGAAAGUGAGAGUUUUCAGAACACGGAAAUGGCCUGUUAGUCGAACAAAACAUUCUCGUCUUCGCAUGGUAACUCAAACGCCCUUUUCUCGCC